CUUUUCAAUCUUUUCUAUCCUCUUUUUUUUCCCCCCUUUUUCUUUUCUCCAAAUCAUGACAAAAUUCUCAAAGGUCUUCUAAUAGCUAUAGGUUACACCACCACCACUUAACUGCUCUACCCACUUAUUUUUUUUUCCCUCACCCUUCUCUUCCAUUUUUCUCCUUCACCACUCCAAAGCACACCAUGGCUAAAAUCUUCAAUCAUCUUCUUUCCACUAGUCUUCUGUUUGCCUUGAUGGUUCUCAAUCUUCCUAGAGAAACAGUCUCCGACGAACCGUGCCCGUAUCCAUGUUAUCCGCCACCGACAGGGACAGGAACAACACCAACAACUCCGACGACAACAACGACACCGCCUCCGCCGCCGUCGUCACAAACAGGAUUUUAUAACCCACCUCCAGGGUCUUAUUAUCCGUACAACCCUCCUCCACCUUAUGGUACUUCAUUUGGAUCUUCACCUCCCCCUCCUGACCCUAUCCUACCUUACUUUCCAUUCUACUACAAGGCGGGUCUUCAUGGAACAAAUGCUUCUUCGGCAGGAAAUCUUGGAAGAUCAACUCUCAUGGUUGCGCUGACUAAUCUUAUUUUGUUGCUCAUUUGCUACUUUUUUCAUUCUAUGUAACUUGAUUAUUAAUUAUUAGUGAAAAAAAUUAUGUUAUUGUAAAUUUAAAAUGUUUUCAAUGAAAUGAGAAUCAAAUUUUUACUUAGGAAUAAAUUUUAUGUUAUGGAA